AUGUCCACCCCAUGUCAAACUCGCCGUCCGUACCCGAAGAUACCUUGCCUAGCCCCCCUGGUGACACCUGCUACACCUGCCCAACAUGAUUGCUCCAAGGAUACCGUCCAUGGAGGUAGCCCACGUCACCACUUGCGGCAGGCCCAGCAUCUGUCUCAGGGGUCUGGCGAAGUUCCAUCACCAUCGCGCGCUGAAUCCCCCACCGCCCAUUCCUGGUCCCAGCCCGCGUCCCGAUUACUCCCUCUAAAAAGAACCGCUACCACACCUCCGGAGAAUACCGCGCACCCGGAUAUUGUCUACCGGCCUCAGCUGUCAGAGCGUGACAGUAUUUUCGCUACUCAUUACCUUCCCUCAGAUAGUGCCGCAAAUACCCCACAAUUACCCCCCGAAAAGGCCUUGGGCAAUGAACGCCAGAUCAACUUGAUCCCUAGCCUCGACGAUGCAUCCGUGUCUCCAAGUGCAUUCUCCAAGGUCUCUCCCCACCGUUUUAACGUCGACCCUUCCCGCAUGGAAGUUGACGUCCACAGAAACUCUCCAUUGCGUUCCUCUACUCUCUUCUCAUCCACCGAUCUCCCUCGUUUGUCUCUCCUGCGCGCAUCGACCUCGCCGACGGAUCACUUAAAGAAAACCGAGGUAGAGACAGGUGUGCAGGCUCAUUUGGGAUCUCAGCGGUCCAAGGUGCCAUUGGAUAACACAGGUACGAAGACCCGUCGGUUUCAAGGCACUUUACCUGAACGGAAUCUCUUGCCGUCCACAUUAGAUGAUGUCUCUCGUACCUCCCACUCUUUGACCAUCCCUUCCUCUGGCGAGGGCUCUCAGGUCAGUCGGGAUCUCUUAUCCUACAGUCCGAAAGAAGAAACCCCUCAGGCCCCUGUGGUGCUGGAGCGAAGCCCCAGCAGAGGUCGUCGUGGCCGAGUUGACAGCUCUAUUGAAGCCAAUUUGACCAACGCGGAGCCGGCUUCUAAUGUGCGCAGCCGUAAGUCUAGCCACUACCUUGGCCUUUUCAAAGAAAACACAACGUCUUCACCGGAUCGCAAACGACGGGAGGAUCGCGGCCGGCCACAAGAUGAGACGUUGGAGUCGAGGGAUCGCAUCAUGGAUUAUGAACAAGAACCACAUCGUUCAGAGCAGGAAACUUCGCUUCGUAAAAGCAUAUCGCUCUCCGCACUUAGCGAUGCUCCGUCUCUCCAACCUCCACCUCCGGCUGAGUUCCCCCACACCAUACAUGACGAUGAGCCCUCCAAGCGUCUCCCUACAGCAUUGCCUCGCAGCUUACUAGAGGAGAUCCGGAACUUUCAUCUCACGCCUGGCGGUAGCCAUGGAUCUUCUUUCUCAAAAAGCAUUCCAACUCAAUAUUCAGAGCGCACCCGUGACUACUUCCAGAAGGAUCUUCAUAUCGAGGUAUCCCCGUCUGACUCUUUCGAGGAAGAGGAGCGUCGUGGAUCAAGGCAAUUUGGGGUUGAGGAGGAGGAAAAUGAGCAAAUCUCGUCUGCCGUUUACUUCCCCCACGAGCGUACAGUGCCUGACGGGGUUGAUGGCCUACAACAAUUUCCCGAUGGGCCUCUUGAUGUACAGCCGGGUCAGCUGUCGGCUGCGGAGAAAGGUCAUGAGCUGAUGUUAGUACCGCAAGAGCGUAGCGAUUCUCCCGAAAAGGAAAUCAGCCAUGUGGAUAUAUCCUUUCGAUCUAAGAAUGAAAGUAAGAUCCUUUAUGGCGAUAUCCAUUCUCCACGAGAGAAUGUGCCAGACAAGCCUUUGAGUACCAUCUCUGAAUACAGCGAUUCAAUCUACGAUUCCGAAGUCGAACCCCCAUCAGCAGAUGAAAGUAUACAAUCUGCUGACGAGGUCGAAACCCCGACUGCCACACCGACCCAGCGUUCUCGGAUUCUCUCUCGCCCCCAGCCCCAACCCCCGGGGCCUCUUGGUGCCGUGGAAUUAAAGCCCUAUCGACAUCAGGUUGGCGGGCACACAACUGUUUUCCGAUUUUCCAGACGCGCUGUAUGCAAGCAGCUGAACAACCGAGAGAAUGAGUUCUAUGAACGCAUUGAAAUGAGGCACCCAGAUAUGUUGGUGUUUCUUCCAAAAUACAUCGGAGUGUUGAAUGUCACCUUCUCGAAGACAUCUAAAAGAAAGGAUCAGGUUGAUUCUGCCGAUGGAAUAACUUCAGAGACGACACUUGCCAAUGGAACUUCCGCCCUCAGCUCUCAGCUUCUCGAGGCAACAGAGUCACAAGAGCCACAGCGAAUUGUUAGCCAGUCGCAAGUCACAGGGGUCAUCCCCAAAGUCAUUCUUGAGAACAAUCGCCACAUCAUUCCUGCCGAUCUUUUUACCCGUCAACAGCGACCGCGGACAGCAGAUGCUUCAAUAAACCGUGCACGGUCCGCUGACGGCCUCAAAGGUAUGUCAGCGGAAUCUGAUACAUCGGCUCUGAGCAAGCGGGCCAAGAUCUGGGGCGCCACGACCGUCAAUCUCAAGCUUCAGGAGCAGGUUCUCCGCGAGGUAUUCAGCCCUCCUGCCAUUCAUCAUCAUCGACGGCACGCUCGUGGUCAUGUCCAUCUACCAAGAGCUAAUUCCGAUAUGCCGCCCGCCGCCCGCCGCCGAGAGAACCUAUCAGAAGACCGCACAGCUAGCAAUGAACGGCCAGUCCAUGGGCCAAUCGCAGCUCUCAAGACAGAAGCGAUUGACAUAAAGGUUUCCCCUAGUGAAGGCCCUGCUCUUUCAUCGUCGGCUUCGACUGCCCUGGACGCCAAUCAAAACCGCCUAGAGAAGAUCCGGACCGAAGAGGUGCCUAACCGAGCAAGCUCGCUCUCUCGGGCCCAUCACACAAGACGGCGGCAUUCCGGGAGUGGCCUCCGGAGACGUGGCAGCAUGGACUCUCGCAACAAUGGAGAGCUCCUGUUCUUCGAUGACGAUGAUUAUAGCGGUGACAAGGAGGAUGAUAUUUUCUCCAUGGAGGCCGAUGCCUCAAUGUCGAAUGCUUCUUCCACCGCCAAACGGUCAGCUUCACCAGCGUCAGAAAGUAACUCGCCCAAUGGUUACCUCACAACCGAGGGCUUUGCUCCUAGUAGAACUUCUGAUCCAACCCGCUUCAGACCACAAGAACCCAUCAACACGAUCUUGCCCAGCAACCCUAAAGAGGCACAGUUGAGAAAGGACGAACGAGUGCAGUUCUUCCUCCUCCUUGAGGAUCUCACAGCUGGUAUGAAUAAACCCUGCGUGUUGGAUUUGAAGAUGGGUACUCGACAGUAUGGUAUCGAAGCAAAUGAGAAGAAGAAGAAGUCUCAGCGAAGGAAAUGUCAGUCCACUACUUCGCAGCAGCUGGGUGUGCGACUCUGCGGCAUGCAGACUUGGAACGUCAAGAAGCAGGAGUACAUCUUUGAAGACAAGUAUUUCGGGCGCGAUUUGAAAUCUGGCCGUGAGUUCCAGGAUGCGCUCACUCGGUUCCUUUACGACGGCGUCAGCUAUGCCAGUGUUGCCAAAAAGAUCCCUGUCAUUCUGGAGAAAUUAGCUUUGUUAGAGCACAUGAUUCGACAACUGGAUAGCUACCGGCUCUAUGCUAGCAGUCUCUUGAUUCUUUACGACGGAGAACCACAAUCUCCACCUCCGCAAGGACCACCUCGUUCUGGAGAACCCACGCCACUCAAGCAUGGAACCUCCGAAGACGGCCAGAGCAAACUGAACGUUCAACUGAAGAUUGUCGAUUUCGCCAAUUGCGUCACUGGCGAGGACAAACUUCCUCCAGAUACACCAUGUCCACCUCACAACCCGCACGACAUCGACCGUGGAUAUCUGCGUGGCCUCCGCACACUGCGCAUGUAUUUCCAGCGGAUCAUGAAAGAGGUCAGUCUAGAUGAAUUUGUGGAACGAGGUGAAGGUGAAGCCAUCGCGCUGGGCUCUCAACCUGCGGCUCGUGAGAGACCCUCUGCUCAGUAUUGGGAUGAGACCAUGAUGGAAACAGACGCGGGCGAAGUCAGUUUCUAG